GCUUGAUGACUGAUCUUUUAACGCAUAGAAAUAUUGAAUGAAUACUUUGGUAUCAAUAGUAUUGCAAUCAUUACAUAAUUUUAUUUCAAUCGAAAAGGCAGUAAAAGUUUUCAAGCAAAAUUGUUGCUAAUAUUUAACAUACUUUAGUAUAUCGAUUAUUAAAAACUGGUGGAGUAUGUGUAGCAAAUUUAAAAAUGUUACGCAUUGCUUGUUUGAUAUGGAUGGUUUAUUACUAGAUACGGAAAAAUUGUAUUCGAAAGCCACUCAGGAAAUUCUGGAUCUGUAUGGUAAAACUUACACUUGGGACGUUAAAGUAAGUGUUAUGGGGUUGCAGACCCAGCAAGUUGCUGAAGCUAUAGUUGCUGCUUAUAAAUUACCUAUAAGCUGGGAAGAAUAUGCACAAAGGCAACGCGAGCGAACAGAAUUUUUAAUGUCAGAAGCUGAAUUAAUGCCAGAUACGGAAGUGGUUUAUGAGGAAAUUGUAAGGCUAAUAGCUGACUCUUUUAACAAGCUUUACCCUCGUGAUGUGCGAGUAAAAGUACUUGGCUCAACCGAGCAAAUAUCGGCUGCAAUUGCUAUCAAUGAACUAGAAUUGCCCAUAACUGUCGAGGAAUACCUGAAAAUAUUUACAAAUAAAUGUAAAGAAAUGUUGGCAAAUUCUCCGUUAAUGCCARGUGCUGAGCGAUUGCUAAGGCAUCUCCAUGCUAAUAAGAUCCCCAUAGCAUUGGCUACUAGUUCUGGUGAGCAUAUGGUUGAAAUAAAAGUUACUCAUCAUCGCGACGUGUUUAAACUUUUUCAUCAUCGUGUUUGCGGGUCUACUGACCCAGAAGUUAAAGCAGGCAAACCUUCACCUGACAUAUUUCUUAUAGCUGCUUCUCGGUUCUUGGACAAACCUGACCCAUCAAACUGUCUUGUGUUUGAAGACGCCCCAAAUGGCGUACAGGCAGCUUUAAGCGCUGGGAUGCAAGUUGUGAUGGUACCAGAUGAACUAGUAACAGAAGAGAUGCGUAAGGAUGCAACUCAAGUGUUAAAGUCUUUAGAUGAUUUUCGUCCCGAAGAUUUUGGCUUGCCACCUUUUCCAACAAUUGGCUAAUUAAUAAGUUAAAGCCAUAAAAUUAUGAUUAUAUUUAAUAGAAGAGCUUAAUAAAAUUAAAAUUGCAUGGUUAAUGUUUCUUUA